UAUUGAUAUCUCGUGUCUCUUAUGUUAAAUCACUAUUCUUAUUCCAAGUCAACAUUUUUUUUUUCUAAACUAUCCUAGCCUUUAAUGACUGGAACAGUCUAUAAAGACUCAAUUAUUAGAUGCCAGAGCAAUACAAUGGAUGUAACUGUUAUGGUUCUGCUGUUCUUUGCUUUGUUAUCACCCUUGAUAAACUCCUCAGCAGUAGACACUAUUAGAGAAAAUCAGACCAUUAGAGAUGGUGAGACUAUCACGUCAUCAGGUGGAGAGUUCGAACUAGGAUUUUUCAGUCCUGGUAGGUCUAGAUAUCGGUAUCUUGGCAUCUGGUACAAGAAAAUAUCCUCUGGGACGGUUGUAUGGGUUGCCAACAGAAAUGCUCCUAUUAUGAAUAAUUUAAGUAUGGUAAGAGUUGAUGACAAGGGUAUUACAUUGCAAACGGUCAAUGGAAUAAUAUGGUCCUCGAAUACAUCUGUAUCUAUGAAGAACCCUGUUGCACAAAUAUUAGAUUCAGGGAAUUUGGUUCUAAGGGAUGAUGAUCAUGGUAUUGACAAUUUUAUUUGGCAGAGCUUUGAUUAUCCCGGUGAUAUUAUGCUUCCUGGCAUGAAGUUUGGAUUAGACUUGGUUACCGGCCUAGACAGGUACUUCACAUCAUGGAAAAGUAUUGAUGAUCCAUCCACAGGAAAUUUCACUAACCGAAUAGAUCCUAAUGGCUUUCCUCAGUCUUUUGUGUUAAAAGGUUCUGUGAAAUGGCACAGGUUUGGACCAUGGAAUGGUCGCCAGUUCAGUGGCACUCCGAAUGGUAAUCUAAAUGGAAUAUAUACAGAAGCAUUUGUCAUCAAUGAGAAGGAAAUCUAUUAUAAGUUUGAUCUUAUCGAAGCGAGUUCUGCUGUUAUAAGGUUCAUAUUGACUUCGAGUGGAUGGACAGAGCUUCUUGUAUGGAAUUAUGAGAACCAAAGUUGGAAACAAUUUGCUGCUGUAAGGGUUAGUGGCUGUGAUCGUUAUAGAUUGUGUGGUGCUUAUGGUGUCUGUAACAUUAACGGUUCACCAAGAUGUGAAUGUUUGAGAGAAUUUGUUCCCAAAUUCCCAGAGAAGUGGACAUCAAAUUGGUCUGGUGGAUGUGUUCGGGAAAAAAAAAUAGACUGCAGGUCUGAUGCAACUUUUAUGAAAUAUUCAGGUGUAAAGUUACCAGACACACGACAUUCAUGGUAUGACAUGAAAACUAACCUUGCAGAAUGUAGGAGAUUGUGCUUACAGAACUGCUCUUGUACAGCAUAUGCUAAUGCAGAUAUUCGAAGAGGCGGAAGUGGAUGCAUCUUAUGGUUUGAUCAUCUAAUUGACAUGAUGGGGUACACAGAAGAUGGACAAGAUAUUUAUGUGAAAAUGCCUGCAUCUGAAUUAGUGGAAGGCCAAAGAUCCAAAGCAAAGAGGCCUAAUUUUAUCUUUCUGAUUCCCUUGGUACUGGUAUUAGUAGCCCUUGCUCUAACUUUCCUGUAUAUCUCAAGAAAGAGAAGGCAGAAGGAAAAAGGGAACUUGGAAUUAGGUUCAGAACUUGUUGCCUUGAACAAAAUUGAGAGUGAAGAUUGGGAGUUGCCAUUAGUCGACUUCAAAAAUAUUGAAAUUGCUACAGAUAACUUCUCUCAGCAUAACAAGCUUGGAGAGGGUGGCUUUGGACCUGUGUACAAGGGCAUACUCAAGAAUGGACAAGAGAUAGCUGUGAAAAGGCUUUCAAAGAAUUCUCGUCAAGGAGCCGAUGAGUUCAUAAAUGAAGUUUCAGUCAUUGGGAAACUGCAGCACAGAAAUCUUGUGGCACUAGUUGGUUGCUGUGCAGAGAAAGAUGAAAGGAUAUUAAUCUACGAAUAUAUGGCUAAUAAGAGCUUAGAUUCAUUUAUCUUUGACGAAGAAACAAGACGCUCAAUGGAUUGGAUGAAACGAUUCAAAAUAGUUACUAACGAGUCCUGAAUUAUAACAUAUAGGCUUGGAAGAGUUAUAAUGACGACAAGCUAUUAGGAGUCAUCGAUGAGGUGAUGUUGGAUUCAUGUAACCUGAUAAAAGUUUUUCGAGUCAUCCAUAUUGGACUAUUGUGUGUUCAAGAAGAUCCAGUUGAAAGGCCAAUCAUGUCCGAAGUAGUUCUUAUGUUGAGCAGUAAUAUGAAAUUGCCUCAUCCUAAAAAACCUGGUUUUUUCAUGGAGAGAAGAUUGCAGGACACAGACCACUUAUUGAGCAACCAUGAUUUUUCAACAUGCAACCAGUUCACUAUCACCUCUAUUGUACCUCGACAAUAGUGCUGAGUCUUCUGGGAACCUUGGUAGCAUUCUUCUUUUCUGUAUUAAAUUUACUGCACAAACUUACUAUGAUAUGUUUUGAAAUAUAAAAAAUUGGAUAGACAUCUCAAAAAGAAAAUGUAAAGAAAUGAUUGAGACGGAGGAAGUAUUCGGCAACAUAUGCUUGAAAAGGGCCGAGACAUAACACUUCACGUGUUUCAAGAAACUAUGCGUUCUUUCUACGGUACUCCUUCCGUUCCAUUU